CAUGGAGAAGGAGAGAACUCGGGAGGAUUGAUUGACAAUGGGGGAAAGGGUGGAUGUUUUGGGGAAAACAUUUGUGGACUACUACUACCACCUCUUUGACAAUGAUCGAGCUUCCCUCUCCACUCUCUAUCAACCAACUUCGUUUAUGACAUUUGAAGGGCAGAAGAUCGAAGGGGUUGAUGGGAUCUCUUCCAAACUCAAUCAGUUGCCAUUCACCCAGUGCAAACAUGUCAUCAGCAGCAUUGAUUCACACCCUUCAAUCAGCACUGGUGGCAUUUUGGUCGUUGUCAGUGGCAGCCUCCAGUUGCCAGAAGAGGAUCAUACGCUCAGAUUCAGUCAGAUGUUUCAGUUGCUCCCAACACCACAAGGAACCCUUUAUGUCCAGAAUGACAUAUUUCGCCUCAACUACGGUUAAUCUGUUCAUUCCUUCAUUUAGUGUUGUUGAGCCUUUAUUGUUGGUUCUUGAAUGAAUAAUAUCAAUCUGGAUUGCUUCAUUGUAACUUUUAUAAAGCUUUACUUUUUACCAUUGUGGAUCUUACCUAGUUACCUACCUUGUCCGGGUGUCAUGUAAAUAUGUAAUGUCUCUCUGCAAUGUUGGCUAUUGGGCCGAACUGCAAUGUGGCUAAUCUGAUUGGACUGGACCACGGUUGAAUGGUAACAUACAUAAGUGGACCAUUAUGGUC